AUGAUUCAUGAUCAUGCUCCAGUUUGCCCGGUGUGCUUGAUCAAGGGACAUUCCUCGGAAACCUGUCCGUUGUACAUCUCAGCCGUGCAUCAUAUCUCGGCCCCCGUGGACGGUUUUAAGAGGAGUUGGAUGGAUCUCGGCCAGAAUGGGCCGUUGCUAGGGGGUGCUCUAUUCUUGGCAAGCAAAGUCAUCGACAUGGCCCCCCAUGCAUUCUGGCCCAGACAGCAGCUGGUGGGUACUAUAAACAUGGAAAUGUACCGACGGGACUGGCGGGAUGGUAGGCUAUUGGCCGAGCUAAGGAUCAUCGGGGAUGCGUCGGAGGAGCCCGAGCAUGCGACCUGGCAGAUCGAUAGACAUACAUCCAGCCUUCUCGAGAACCAUGCCGACAUGCAAUGGGAGGGGUUAGAUUUCCGGCCCUCUCAGCCCAUUUGA